AGUUUCACAGCAAAUUUACACCUCUCUUGCUUCUUCACACAGUUUGAUCUCAGCCGUUGACGCGACCAUACGACUAUUUUUCUUUCUUUUUACUGUUUUCAUGCCUGCGUCGGUCGCGACGGAAGUUGCGAAGGCAAUCAACGCGGCCCGCAACUACGCCCUCUACUGCGACUACGACACCGCUCUCAAGUACUAUGGCAGCGUCCACAAGGAAAUCGACGCGUACACGCACGGCCUCGACGAUGCCGUGCUGCGCGGUCAAUGGGUCGGCCUGCAAACCCAGCUUGAGGAGGAAGUGCAGGCGGUCCGCGACAUACAAUCGGAGCUGAACCUCUUCUACGGCCCCGUCGUGGCCCGGCGGAAUGACACCGUAGACCACGACAGCAGUGGUGGCCCCGACGGCAGUGUCGACCGUCCGCUGCCGACGCGGCGAGCAGCGGCGGUGGCCAAAAAGCCACGCCUUGGCGGAGGCGCCACCACCACCACCGUCGUGUCGCACGUCAGCGUGCAAAACGCACGGCUGUACGGCGACAAGGACCGCUUUGGGCCACCGGAAGGUCCGCCGGUGCAGCAGCAGCCCACCGGUCGUCCCCACGGCCGCAGCGGAGCCUCCUCGCCAGCGGUGUCGUCGUCGACCGGUCACGCCUCCCCCGUCAACGGCUGCAGCGCAGCGCGCACCUCCUCUGCGACCCGCUCCCACAACUACCACGGCGGUGGCGGACCGGUGGGGCGGCGGGCCCCCGCGCCCACGUCCUCGCUGCCGAAUGGGCUUGGGGGAAAAGGGAAGCUGAAGGGUAAGCAAACAAUUCCCCGCUUUACCGGACGCCCCGGCGAGGAGGAGCUCGUGCAGCUCAUCGAGGGUGAUAUGCACGUGGGCAAACUGCCCGUGACGUGGGACGACAUCGCCGGCCUCGAUGAAGCGAAACGCCUGCUGGAGGAGGCGGUGGUGUACCCGGUGCUCAUGCCGGAUUACUACCAAGGCAUUCGACGUCCCUGGAAAGGCGUGCUGCUGUACGGCCCGCCUGGAACGGGCAAGACGAUGCUGGCCAAGGCGGUCGCCUCGGAGUGCAACACGACCUUCUUCAACAUCUCGCCCGCCACCCUCACGAGUAAGUGGCGCGGCGACAGUGAGAAGCUCAUCCGCGUCCUCUUUGAGAUGGCUCGCUACUAUGCCCCGAGCACCAUCUUCAUAGACGAGAUCGACUCCCUGUGCGGGCAGCGGGGCGGCGGCGACGAGCAUGAAGCCUCGCGGCGGGCAAAGGGCACCCUGCUGGCGCAAAUGGACGGCGUCGGCGUCGAUGCGGGCCAAAUAGUGAUGGUGCUCGGCGCCACGAACCACCCGUGGGACAUCGAUGAGGCGAUGCGACGACGGCUGGAGAAGCGGAUCUACAUUCCGCUGCCGGAUGUGGCGGACCGCAUUGAGCUGUUCCGCAUCAACACCAUGUCCAUCAAGCUGAGCAGCGACGUUGACUUCGGCAAGCUGUCGCAGAUGCUCGAUGGCCAUCACUACAGCGGUGCGGACAUCACCAACCUGGUGCGCGACGCCGCCAUGAUGACGAUGCGGCGGUUUAUGAAAGAGGCGGAUAAGCAGUCGCUGAAGGAGAACGCGGCGGAGAUUGGACGGCAGGUGGCGGAGCAGCCCAUCACGAUGAACGACUUCCUCUCCGCUCUGCGCAAAGUGCCGAGCAGCGUCAACGCGGAGAACAUCAAGAAGUUCGAGCAAUGGAAGCAGAAGUUCGAGAUGAAUAUGUGA